CCAUCAGGCCUCAAUCACGUAUAUAUAUAUAUUUGUAUGUGUAUAUAUGUAUUGUGUAUGUAUAUUCGCCUCCCUCCCAAUCCGUUUCCAUCCCUCUCGCCUCGCCUGCCGUGAAAUCCUCCCAUAAAAAUCUAGAUUUUGGCAUUUAUUUUCCACUCUGUGACCUUUUCGAUGGCCUCGCCCUCUCAAGCCAGCCUCCUCCUUCAGAAGCAGCUCAAAGAUCUGUGCAAGAACCCCGUGGAUGGAUUCUCGGCUGGGUUGCUGGAUGAGAGUAAUCUGUUCGAAUGGAGUGUGACCAUAAUUGGGCCGCCUGAUACACUUUAUGAAGGGGGUUUCUUCAAUGCCAUUAUGACCUUCCCUCCGAAUUACCCAAAUAGUCCCCCAACAGUGAAGUUUACUUCUGAGAUUUGGCAUCCAAAUGUAUAUCCAGAUGGAAAAGUCUGCAUUUCAAUUCUUCAUCCCCCUGGCGAUGAUCCAAGUGGCUACGAACUAGCUAGUGAGCGUUGGUCGCCUGUUCACACGGUGGAGAGUAUAGUUCUAAGCAUCAUAUCAAUGCUUUCAAGCCCGAAUGACGAGUCUCCUGCUAAUGUUGAAGCUGCUAAGGAAUGGAGAGAACAUAGGGAUGAUUUCAGGAAGAAGGUUAGUCGAUGUGUUAGACGGUCACAGGAAAUGCUGUAAACAAAUGAACAAACUGUUUGGCUGUUUUCUGAAAAAUGUAUUGUUCCGGUGUCGAUGAAUUUGUCCCUGUCUGCGUCUGCGCAAACGUUGAAUUUCUAUAAAAGAUGGAAUUCGAUAAACAAGGUGGUUUUUAGUUUGUUUUUAUGUUCUUGAGCUUCCCAUAUGCAAAUAACAAUGGAUCAUAUGACAGAAAAAGGAAUUCUUUUAUGAUUA